AUGGCCUCUUCCUGGUAUCUCUUUACCCUCGCUUUUGUUUCCGCACCGAUAAUCCUCAUCACUCCCACUAUAGUCGUGGUCCGGGAAGCUCUCGUCAGUGUCACCUCCAGCCAAAGCAGUAGAGACAACGGACGGGUCGAACUCGAAAUCUUCAUAGAUUUCGUCCUUGUACUUCUCCAUGUUCCUUCUUCCUGCAAGUUCGAGCCCCUCGAGGAUUGGGUCGAUGCCGUUAGGGUCAGGGAUCUCAACGACAUCGUCUUCGUUGCCCCUGCCUGGUUGCCACUGCUCGGAGCCGGGGCGCGAGGAUGCAUGACAGUGCGGCUGGCCAAAUGCAGUGGCGUCAUUCCGAGAAAAUCGAUCUGGGUAGAGGACGAGGGAGAGUUGUCGGAUGCGGCGAUCGAGGAAGUCGGUGGUCAGGGUGUUGAUAUUUGUAUUCGGGUCAAGGCCGAGGACAUCGAAGACGUUUCACGGUCUAACCCUGAGCAGCGGGAAUGGAUCCAACCCUCGCCCGCCAUCUCGGCCCAAGAUGAUUUCUCCAUAGCCCGUCUUUUACUCGAACUGGAACAUAUUCUGCGAGAAAUUGCUGAGGCCGCAGGUCCGGAAACCAGAGCGCUGUUGGCCAGAAUAGGAGAUAUUCGGCCCAAGACAGUAGAUAAAGUGGUCAGUCGGUAUGCUGAAAACCUGACUAGAGUUUUGUUUCCGGUCCGCAAAGUUCCACCAGGAAAGUUUUGA